AUGAAGGAUAGUGAUAGUAGUAAUAACUAUAUACCUUGGUUUAUCAAUGUAAAUAAUAGCAAUAAUGAAAAUAACUAUAGUAAUAGCAAUAGCAAUAGUAAUAAAGAUGAUGUAAAUAUAAAUAAUAGUGUUAAAAAUACAGUAUUAUCACCUACGAAAAAAGAUGGUGGUGGUGGUAAUAGUGGUGGUGGUGACAUUUCAAUUCUAUCGUGUUAUAAAUACUAUCAAAGUGUGUUCGAUCAGCUAUCGCAGUCGAUAGCUUUGUGGAAUGGUUACGAUGGGAAUCAAGCGACUGCACUCAAUAGUGUGGCGGUGUGUGUCGAUCGUUUGCAGCUGAUAAUGAACAACGAAAAUCUUCAGAAUCGUCAUUUAAAUACAUUACAGUUCUCUCAUUUCCCUGCUGUGAAUAAGCAACAGCAACAGCAACAUCGACAUGGUGAUGGUGAUGGUGAUGAUGAACAAAUCAUCAAUGAAAUGUUAAUGAACAAACAACAACAACCUAUUAAUCAAGUGAUAAUGAAUGAACUUAAACUAAGACACUGUCAGAGAAUCGAAGAGCUAAUGCGAUCACUCUUGAGAUACAACGAAAGCAAACGAAAGAUAAUCGAAAAGAUGACAUCGCUCGCCUUUGAAUUCCGACAGCACUACAACAAGUACAUAGAGACACCAAUUCUACUCGAUACCAAAUACACCAAACAACUUGAUUUCAAUAGCGGUACACCAUCCGAUCAUCCACUUUCAAAUUUGUAUCAAUGGAUACAUUAUAUAAUACAUAGUUUUAAACAAGAAUUCUUAAGAAAAGAUGAACUAAUAAAGAAAAUAAAUUAUACGAAUCAAGAAGAACUUUCAAAGAUCAUAGAUGACUGGGAUAAUCAAACACUGAUAGACCAACAAAAGGUUAGAGAAUAUCUGUCAUUGGCAAACGGUGCAAUAAAAGAUGAUUAA